CUGUCAGAUGCUGCCCGUCAUCCCCCGAUCUGCGCGUGCGCAUAGGCUGUCAUCGCCGGCCCGUCUGCUCCAGGGAGGAGGAAGCCGCCAUGGAGUCAUACGAUGUGAUCGCCAACCAGCCCGUGGUUAUUGACAAUGGCUCUGGAGUCAUUAAAGCAGGGUUUGCAGGUGAUCAAAUCCCAAAGUACUGCUUUCCAAACUAUGUUGGAAGACCUAAGCAUAUUCGAGUCAUGGCAGGUGCCCUGGAAGGUGAUUUAUUUAUUGGACCAAAGGCAGAGGAGCACAGGGGGCUCCUCUCGAUCCGGUAUCCCAUGGAACAUGGUAUCGUAAAGGACUGGAACGAUAUGGAGCGCAUCUGGCAGUAUGUCUACUCCAAAGAUCAGCUGCAGACCUUCUCCGAAGAGCAUCCAGUUUUACUUACAGAAGCUCCAUUGAACCCCAGAAAAAAUCGUGAGCGAGCUGCAGAAGUUUUCUUUGAGACUUUUAACGUCCCGGCUCUGUUCAUCUCCAUGCAAGCGGUGCUCAGUCUGUACGCGACUGGGAGGACUACCGGCGUUGUAUUGGACUCUGGGGAUGGCGUGACCCACGCAGUUCCCAUCUAUGAAGGUUUUGCAAUGCCUCACUCCAUCAUGAGGAUCGACAUCGCUGGCCGAGACGUCUCCCGCUUCCUGCGCCUUUACCUUCGGAAAGAGGGCUAUGAUUUCCACACUUCAGCUGAGUUUGAAAUUGUCAAAACAAUCAAGGAGCGUGCAUGCUACUUAUCUAUAAACCCCCAAAAGGAUGAAACUCUGGAGACUGAAAAGGCUCAGUAUUACUUACCUGAUGGCAGCACCAUUGAGAUUGGGCCGGCCAGAUUCCGAGCUCCCGAGCUGCUGUUCCGACCAGAUCUGAUCGGGGAGGAGUGCGAGGGAAUCCACGAGGUGCUGGUGUUUGCCAUUCAAAAAUCAGAUAUGGAUCUGAGGAGAACACUAUUUUCCAACAUAGUUUUGUCUGGGGGAUCUACUCUCUUCAAAGGAUUUGGUGACCGACUUCUAAGUGAAGUGAAAAAGUUAGCGCCCAAAGAUGUUAAAAUCAGGAUAUCCGCCCCCCAGGAACGAUUAUAUUCUACAUGGAUUGGUGGAUCCAUUUUGGCCUCACUGGACACCUUCAAGAAAAUGUGGGUUUCAAAGAAGGAAUACGAGGAAGACGGAGCCCGAGCUAUCCACAGGAAAACCUUCUAACGUCCUGCAAGACCGAGUCCCGUUAUCUAUUCACUUCAGUUUAAAACUCGCUUUUCAGAGUGUGAGCGUAUCCUCGAGAGGUGACUGGUGGGUGGGUGUGUAUGUCUGUGUCUGUAUGCGCUCUCCAGCAUGCCAAGAAAAGAUACAUAGAUGGGAAAGACCUGCUGUUAUACAGGCCAGAAGAUCAAUCCAAGGGGACGAACGCCUUUAUCCCAUUCCUAUUUAUGUUUAUUAUGUUGCCGCAGGGUUUGUAAAUGGUCUGUUUCGAAGAUAUUUUAUCACGUUUUAGCCAAUUUACUUAAAAUGGCUAGUGUAAACCAUGUGACACUUGAAGGAGGUCCGCAUUGCGUUGCAAUGGUUCAAAGCUCUGUUAAGUUGUGACCUGCACUAAUAUUGCCUUAUAGGGCUCCAAAAUAAAUUGCAUUUACGUAAUUCAACAAAGAAACCGAUAUUUCUGAAAGCUGUAACACGUCGAACCCCGUUUUAGGAAACGUUUCUAUCGCAUGGAUAAUAAAUGAUCAAUAUAGUUAUAGCUAGACAUUUUUUUGGUUUUUGUUUCUUGGUUAAUGUGUGUCCCUUUCCGAGUCUUUACGGGCUUAGUAGAGGCUCCUCUGGUCUUUUAACACUUUUUUAGGCCUGUUGGCCAUGUCUGUAAACCGGUUAUCAGUAUCAUCCAUCCCUUGCUUUUUUUUGCGUGUGUGUUUUCCCCCCCCCAAGACAAUUAAACAUAUCUA